CAGGCUGUCCCGGGGUCCUCGAGCUUGAGGCGGGGUGACUGGAGCCACCCCGGCCGGCCUCGCGUGGGGUGCGGAGGAGGGCGUGGCGUGUAGCUCGCCCAUCCGCCUCCUUCAGCUCCCCACCUGGCGACGGAAGGAAAAAAAGUACAAGCGAAAGGGAAGGAGGCGCCGCGGCCGGAGCGGCGGAGCAAUGGGCGCCUCGUGAGCCCCGGCCAACAGAUAUCUCAUUGUGUGGAUCACUGGUUGAGUAAUAGAUGGCUUUGCCUCGGCUCACAGGAGCCUUGCGCUCCUUUUCAAAUGUCACCAAGCAAGAUAAUUAUAAUGAAGAAGUGGUUGACUUAAAGUUGAAGCGAUCCAAACUUCAAGAACAAGUUUUAGAUUUGGGCCCAACAUGGAACAGUAUAGUGAAAUUUUUGAAUGAAAAACUGGAAAAGAGUCAAAUGCAAAACAUAAAUCAAGAUUUAAGAGAUAUAUUACAAGCCGCAAAACAAAUAGUUGGAAUGGAAAAUGGAAGAGAAGCCAUUGAGAGUGGGGCUGCAUUUCUCUUUAUGACCUUUCACUUGAAGGACUCUGUUGGUCACAUGGAGACAAAGGCUAUCAAACAGAUGUUUGGUCCCUUUCCAUCAUCAUCUGCCACUGCAGCUUGUAAUGCCACUAACCGAAUUGUUUCUCAUUUUAGUCAAGAUGAUGUUACUGCUCUUAUCCAGAUGACAGAAAAGGGAUGUAGCAAUAGAGUAUUUUUUGGUAAAAAUUUAGCAUUUUCAUUUGAUAUGCAUGAUCUGGACCACUUUGAUGAACUGCCAGUAAAUGGUGAAGCCCAGAAAACUAUAAGCCUAGAUUAUAAGAAGUUUCUGAAUGAACAUUUUCAGGAGCAUGGCACCCCGGAACUCAAGCCUGUGGAAAAAACAAAUGGUUCCUUCUUGUGGUGUGAAGUUGAGAAAUAUUUAAAUGCAACUUUGAAGGAAAUGACUGAAGCACCAAGAAUAGAAGAUCUUUGCUGUACCUUAUAUGAUAUGCUUGCUUCUAUUAAAAGUGGUGAUGAACUUCAGGAUGAGCUAUUUCAAUUGCUGGGACCUGAAGGACUUGAGCUUAUUGAGAAGCUUCUUCAGAAUAGAAUUACAAUUGUUGAUAGAUUCCUUAAUUCUUCAAAUGAUCAUAAGUUUCAACUUCUUCAGGACAAUUGCAAAAAAUUUUUAGGAGAGAACACUAAACCUAACUAUGGUUGUCAAGUCACUAUUCAAUCUGAACAAGAAAAGCAGUUAAUGAAACAGUAUCGCCGUGAGGAGAAAAGAAUUGCCAGAAGAGAGAAAAAGGCUGGAGAAGAUGGAGAAGUUUCUGGAGAAGGACUUUUGUCUUUUGAUCCCAAGGAAUUGCGGAUACACAGAGAGCAGGCACUUCUGAAUGCCAGGAGUGUUCCGAUUCUGAGUAGGCAGAGAGAUACGGAUAUUGAAAAACUGCGUUAUCCCCAUGUUUAUGAUUCCCAGGCAGAAGCCAGGAAAACGUCAGCAUUCAUUGCUGGUGCAAAGAUGAUUUUACCAGAAGGAAUCCAAAGAGAGAAUAACAAGCUUUAUGAAGAAGUACGAAUUCCCUACAGUGAACCUAUGCCAAUUGGCUUUGAGGAAAAGCCAGUUUACAUCCAAGACUUAGAUGAGAUUGGACAGUUAGCUUUUAAAGGAAUGAAGAGACUCAAUAGAAUCCAGUCAAUAGUUUUUGAAACUGCCUACAACACCAACGAGAACAUGCUGAUUUGUGCCCCUACUGGAGCUGGGAAGACCAACAUUGCAAUGUUGACAGUGUUGCAUGAAAUUCGCCAACAUUUCCAACAAGGUGUUAUCAAGAAAAAUGAAUUUAAGAUUGUAUAUGUUGCUCCAAUGAAAGCCUUGGCAGCUGAAAUGACAAAUUACUUCAGCAAACGUCUAGAACCACUGGGCAUCAUGGUAAAAGAAUUAACUGGUGAUAUGCAAUUGUCAAAAAAUGAAAUUUUACGAACUCAGAUGCUUGUAACCACACCAGAAAAAUGGGAUGUAGUAACAAGAAAGAGUGUUGGGGAUGUUGCGCUUUCUCAAAUUGUGAAGCUCCUUAUACUUGAUGAGGUACAUUUGCUGCAUGAAGAUAGAGGACCAGUAUUAGAAAGCAUAGUUGCACGUACUUUACGGCAGGUUGAAUCUACACAAAGUAUGAUAAGGAUUCUUGGACUGUCUGCAACCUUACCCAACUACCUUGAUGUUGCUACAUUUUUACAUGUCAAUCCCUGCAUUGGACUUUUCUAUUUUGAUGGCCGUUUUCGACCGGUACCUCUUGGACAGACUUUUUUGGGAAUUAAGAGUGCAAAUAAGAUGCAACAAUUGAAUAACAUGGAUGAAGUUUGUUAUGAAAGUGUUUUGAAGCAAGUCAAGUCUGGACACCAGGUGAUGGUGUUUGUACAUGCUCGGAAUGCCACUGUCAGGACAGCUAUGGCUCUAAUAGAAAGAGCAAAGAAUUGCGGCCAGAUUUCCUGCUUUUUACCCACCCAAGGACCUGAAUAUGGACAUGCAGAAAAACAGGUACAGAAGUCAAGAAAUAAGCAAGUUCGAGAAUUAUUCCCAGAUGGUUUUAGUAUUCAUCAUGCAGGAAUGCUUCGGCAGGACAGAAAUUUAGUUGAAAACUUGUUUUCUAAUGGGCAUAUAAAAGUCCUGGUCUGUACUGCCACGUUAGCCUGGGGUGUCAAUCUUCCUGCUCAUGCUGUUAUUAUUAAGGGAACACAAAUAUAUGCUGCAAAAAGAGGCUCCUUUGUUGACCUUGGAAUUUUAGAUGUCAUGCAGAUAUUUGGCCGAGCUGGACGACCACAAUUUGACAAAUUUGGAGAAGGAAUCAUUAUAACAACACAUGAUAAACUCAGCCAUUACCUGACUUUGCUCACUCAACAAAACCCAAUUGAGAGUCAGUUUCUGGAAAGCCUUGCAGAUAACCUAAAUGCAGAGAUUGCUCUGGGAACAGUCACUAAUGUGGAAGAGGCAGUGAAGUGGAUAAGUUACACUUACCUCUAUGUGCGGAUGAGAGCAAAUCCAUUAGUAUAUGGCAUCAGUCACAAAGCUUAUCAGAUUGACCCAACAUUAAGAAAGCAUCGAGAACAGUUAGUCAUUGAAGUUGGACGAAAACUUGAUAAGGCUCAGAUGAUUCGCUUUGAAGAACGAACUGGAUAUUUUUCCUCAACUGAUUUGGGCAGAACUGCCAGCCACUUUUAUAUCAAAUACAACACUAUUGAGACUUUCAAUGAACUCUUUGAUGCUCACAAAACAGAGGGUGACAUCUUUGCUAUCGUCUCCAAAGCUGAAGAAUUUGAUCAAAUUAAGGUCAGAGAAGAGGAAAUAGAGGAACUAGAUGCCUUAUUAAACAAUUUCUGUGAACUAUCAGCUCCUGGAGGAGUAGAAAAUAGUUACGGGAAAAUUAACAUCUUACUGCAAACUUACAUCAGCCGAGGGGAGAUGGACAGUUUCUCACUCAUAUCAGAUUCAGCAUAUGUUGCACAGAAUGCAGCUAGAAUUGUCCGUGCUCUUUUUGAAAUUGCUCUGAGGAAACGUUGGCCUACCAUGACCUACAGACUCCUGAAUCUUAGUAAAGUCAUCGACAAGAGACUUUGGGGUUGGGCUAGUCCUUUGAGACAAUUUUCAGUGUUGCCACCACACAUUCUAACAAGAUUAGAAGAAAAAAACCUUACUGUAGAUAAGCUGAAAGAUAUGAGAAAAGAUGAAAUAGGUCACAUUUUACAUCAUGUUAAUAUUGGACUGAAAGUCAAGCAGUGUGUUCAUCAGAUUCCUUCUGUUACAAUGGAAGCAUCCAUUCAGCCCAUCACACGGACUGUUCUCCGAGUGACACUCAGUGUCAGCCCUGAUUUUACUUGGAAUGAUCAGGUCCACGGAACAGUAGGAGAACCCUGGUGGAUUUGGGUAGAAGAUCCUACAAAUGAUCAUAUUUACCAUUCAGAGUAUUUUCUAGCUCUUAAAAAACAGGUGAUUAAUAAGGAAGCUCAACUACUGGUAUUUACAAUUCCUAUUUUUGAGCCUUUGCCUUCCCAAUACUAUAUCCGAGCAGUGUCUGAUAGAUGGUUAGGAGCUGAGGCUGUCUGCAUUAUCAACUUUCAACAUCUGAUUCUACCAGAGAGACAUCCUCCCCAUACAGAAUUACUGGAUCUUCAGCCUUUGCCAAUCACAGCUUUAGGAUGCAAAGCAUAUGAGGCCCUGUAUAACUUCAGCCACUUUAACCCUGUGCAGACACAGAUAUUUCAUACGCUGUAUCACACAGACUGUAAUGUCCUACUUGGAGCACCCACUGGAUCAGGAAAGACUGUUGCAGCUGAACUUGCCAUUUUCAGAGUCUUCAACAAUUAUCCCACCUCAAAGGCAGUGUACAUUGCUCCCUUAAAAGCCCUUGUACGUGAAAGAAUGGAUGACUGGAAAAUUAGAAUAGAGGAGAAACUUGGUAAAAAAGUUAUUGAGCUAACAGGAGAUGUAACUCCUGAUAUGAAAUCCAUUGCCAAGGCUGACCUGAUUGUCACUACGCCUGAGAAGUGGGAUGGAGUCAGUAGAAGCUGGCAAAACAGGAGUUAUGUUAAGCAAGUCACUAUUCUCAUCAUAGAUGAGAUCCAUUUGCUUGGGGAAGAAAGAGGUCCUGUUCUGGAAGUCAUUGUAUCUCGAACAAAUUUCAUCUCAUCACACACAGAAAAGCCUGUUAGAAUAGUUGGGCUGUCUACUGCAUUAGCUAAUGCCAGAGACCUUGCUGACUGGCUCAAUAUUAAGCAGAUGGGCUUGUUCAACUUCCGACCAUCAGUACGCCCUGUUCCUCUAGAAGUGCACAUUCAAGGUUUCCCAGGUCAACAUUACUGUCCUCGCAUGGCUAGUAUGAACAAGCCUGCAUUUCAGGCAAUUAGAAGUCACUCUCCUGCCAAGCCUGUUUUAAUAUUUGUGUCGUCUAGACGUCAAACUCGACUUACUGCUUUAGAGUUGAUAGCCUUUUUAGCUACUGAAGAAGAUCCAAAACAGUGGUUGAAUAUGGAUGAAAGAGAGAUGGAGAACAUCAUUGGAACAGUAAGAGAUUCCAACCUAAAGUUGACACUUGCUUUUGGCAUAGGAAUGCACCAUGCUGGACUACAUGAAAGGGAUCGAAAAACAGUAGAGGAACUGUUUGUGAACUGUAAAGUUCAGGUUCUGAUUGCUACAAGCACAUUAGCCUGGGGUGUAAAUUUUCCAGCUCAUUUAGUAAUUAUAAAGGGAACUGAAUAUUAUGAUGGAAAAACAAGACGCUAUGUGGAUUUUCCCAUUACAGACGUACUGCAGAUGAUGGGACGGGCUGGGAGGCCUCAGUUUGAUGACCAAGGCAAAGCAGUAAUUCUGGUUCAUGAUAUAAAAAAGGACUUCUACAAGAAAUUUCUUUAUGAACCUUUCCCAGUAGAAUCAAGCUUGCUAGGAGUGCUCUCUGAUCACUUAAAUGCAGAGAUUGCUGGUGGUACAAUAACAUCUAAGCAGGAUGCAAUGGAUUAUAUCACAUGGACUUACUUUUUUCGACGUCUUAUCAUGAACCCUAGUUACUACAAUUUGGGUGAUGUGAGCCAUGAUUCUGUGAAUAAGUUUCUGUCUCACCUUAUUGAGAAGUCCUUGGUUGAAUUGGAGCUUUCCUACUGUAUUGAAAUUGCAGAGGAUAAUCGGAACAUUGAGCCUCUGACAUUUGGUCGAAUUGCGUCCUAUUACUAUUUGAAGCACCAGACAGUUAAAAUGUUCAAGGACCGUUUGAAACCUGAAAGCAGUACUGAAGAAUUGCUUUCAAUCCUAAGUGAUGCAGAAGAAUAUACAGAUUUGCCAGUAAGACACAAUGAAGACCAUAUGAACAGUGAACUAGCAAAAUGUCUUCCCAUUGAAGUAAAUCCUCAUUCAUUUGACAGCCCUCACACCAAAGCACAUCUCCUGCUACAGGCACAUCUUAGCCGAGCCAUGCUGCCCUGCCCGGAUUAUGACACUGAUACCAAGACUGUCUUGGACCAAGCUCUAAGAGUAUGUCAGGCAAUGUUAGAUGUCGCUGCAAACCAGGGCUGGCUGGUAACUGCUCUAAAUAUCACCCACCUGGUUCAGAUGGUGAUCCAAGGCCGGUGGUUAAAAGACUCUGAUCUUCUUACAAUACCAAACAUAGAACAGCACCAUCUUCACCUUUUCAGGAAAUGGAAUCCAGUCAUGAAGGGCCCACAUGCUAAGUGCCGAACCUCCAUUGAGUGCCUUCCCGAACUGAUCCAUGCCUGUGGAGGGAAAGACCACGUAUUCAGCUCCAUGGUAGAGAAGGAGCUGCAGGCUGCAAAAACAAAGCAGGCAUGGAAUUUCUUGUCUCGCCUGCCAGUGAUAAAUGUUGGCAUAAGUGUGAAAGGCUCAUGGGAUGACUUAGCUGAAGGGCAGCAUGAACUCUCUGUCUCCACUCUGACUGCAGACAAACGAGAUGACAACAGAUGGAUCAGAUUGCAUGCUGACCAGGAGUAUGUGCUUCAAGUCAGCUUACAGAGAGCCCACUUUGGGUUCCACAAGGGAAAGCAGGAGAGCUACGCAGUUGCCCCUCGAUUUCCCAAAUCAAAAGAUGAAGGAUGGUUUUUGAUACUAGGAGAAGUGGAUAAGAGAGAGCUUAUUGCUUUAAAGCGAAUAGGAUAUGUUCGAAGUCACCAGGAUAUUUCCAUUUCUUUUUAUACCCCUGAAAUACCUGGAAGGUAUAUCUUCACUCUGUAUCUCAUGAGUGACUGCUAUAUUGGCCUGGACCAACAGUAUGACAUUUAUCUCAAUGUCACACAACCAAGCAUUUCCACAGAGGUCGACACAGAGGUCUCAGAAGCCUUCACUGACCUGGCAAUGAAGUAACCUGACCCAAAGAAGCCAUUUGAAAGAAGCGGCUAAGAAUCUAGCUGUUCAGUCAUCUAGAGAGAGUUGAAUUACUUGAUGUUUACCAAGACAGAAUCAACUUCUAACCUCAAGACAUCCAGGAAAUUGACAGUGGCUGCAGUAUUAACUCCAGCAACUUAGAGUUAGCCACAGUGGCCUUCCAGCAAAUGUUGCCUUUCACCACAUUGUCUCCGUAGGUUUCUUGAUAUAUAACAUGAGUGUGUGGGAUAGUCUUUUAACUUUUGUAUAUUUGAGUUGAUACUUAGGAGUUACCAAUCAAAUUUCACAUCUCACAGUAUAUUGUUUACAUGGAUAUUUGCUUCUCCCUUUUUUUAAAGGAAAAUUACAAUGAGGUAUGACAGUGUUAGAAUUUUCACUCUGCAGGACAAACUAUAUAAAUCUAUAAGGUGAUACCAAUUCGAUCGUACUAGCAAAAUGUAUACUUCAAUUUGAUCACAAGUAGAAGUAGUUUCAAGAAAUUUCUUAUGGUCACAAAUGUUCAUAAUAUAUGAUAUAAAAUUAUAUUACAAAGUCCAAUGAUGAUUGCAAAAGAAGACAAUAUAUUGGUCUUAGAAAGGAUGGAGACUAUAACUGGUGGAAAUAAAAUAUAUAGAGUGACACUUCAA